CAGUCAGUGUCUGUAGCUGUUUUGUAGCCUUGCCAAAUUUGAAAGUAUAAAAGCAUAAGCUGAAACUGCUACUGGUAGUGUAUCUGCUUUGCAGUAGAUCUUGACAUCUACCGGCUAUUCGGCACUACCAUUGUGAAAGUUCUAUUGUAGUUGGUAUAUAUAGUCUUCACACUGCCAGUGAACAUCUACAAAGAGCUCUCUAAGAACCAAGCGCCUAUUAUAGCAGUAUAAAGACCCUGGUGCAGUGGUACACGUGGACAUAGUGAGUGAGAGAAUACCUACACUACUGCCACUGACAGUGCAUCUGGACAAUACAGUACAUGAAACAAAUUCCUUGGCAGAACCCGCCUGACCCUGCCCUGUAAGUCAGUCGCGUCGUUUCAGUCCAAGCCUGCCAGCAGAGGUCAUACUGUUCAACAAGUCAACACACUGUUCAUCUCCAACCCGGCCAGCAAGUCCAUCAGUCGGGUUUUGUUCGUAGUGUCUUCACGAGCCAAAUUGUACAGAGACCGUGUUAAGAGACCAGCUGUUUAAAUCAGCAAAAGGCCCUGCUGUAAUAUAUUUGUGCACAAGCGACCAGUUAAAAGCAAGUUGAUUUUGGACGAGUGUAUCAUCUGCAGAGCUGUGUUUGAGCACUUGUUGUUUAAAGGAGGUCUAAUCGUUGCAUCGUGAGCCAUACUUCACUCAGUUUGUCGAAUAAAUCUUCUGCAAGUUACUUGAAGUUUCCAUUCUCUUCAACUGCAAAUUCUACCUUUGACUAAUAUCUAACAAUGUCAGUGUCAGCUCUGGUCAGUCGGUUCAGCAACCCAGGCUCACUAACAGACAGUCCUACUCCCACUAAUUCCACUAGAAAGAGGCAGUACAGCACCGGGAGUGCAGGCAGCAGUCGCUCAGAGAGCCCAGCCUCCAUCGAUUCCCACAGCCCUCACCCAGACAGUAGAAUCACCGAGGACUCACGGGAACGCCUCAGUAGCAUCACAGAGGACAAGAUUCGUAUGUUUGAUUCUCGCUCAAAGUCUUCCGAGGACACAGACGGGGGCGCCCCUGGUAUUAAGAGGGGUGCAGCGAGGCAGAUGAGCUACGGAGGGCGAGAGAGGAGGGAGGGGGAGAACGAUGGAACUAGGGUAGCACGACGGCAGCUUAGUGCCCCGAGCCUCGGGGGGAAAGGUCGACCGGGGAUGUUUCGUUUGCCGGGGAUGGCCAGUGCUUCCCAAGUCUCAGAUGAUGCACAAGAAGCUGAUGUCGAUGAUGCAAUAGAAUCUCUGCAGUCUGAUGAUCCUACUCUGACAGAACUGAAUCUCAACAAUCACACCCGUCUUGACCCAGCUCUAAUUUCUCAGUUGGUGGAAGCUCUUCACGGAAACACUCACCUCAAAACACUAUCUCUGGCCAACAUACGGUUCUCAGAGGACCAUGCAAAGCAAUUGGCAGAUGUCCUGAGAGUCAACACUAGUCUGACGGUACUCAACCUGGAGUCAAAUCGCAUCACCCGCAAAGGAAUCGCUGCCAUCAUGAAAGCUCUUGCUGAAAACAAAGAGACUGUUCUCACUGAACUGAGACUGGCAAAUCAGUAUUUCUCUGGAGGGGCAGGUGCAGAGUCAGACAUUGCCAAACACCUGGAGAAGGUCACGUCCAUUAUUAGACUGGGCUACAACUUCACCUCUCCCUCCAUCAGGACGAGAAUCGAUCGCUACGUCAUGAGGAACACAGACCUCAUUCGUCAAAAGCGAGCAAGUCUUGUCGUCUAGUCUGAUGUAUACUGUGCCGUUCCCAGUAAAAAAUCAUCCUCUAUAAUUAUACUCACAAUGUUAUGUACUUCAGAGACGGUCAUUGCACCACUGUAGAUCUUUUUAUCUAUGUGUAUAACUUGUUCAUUAUUAUGCACAC